ACAACGAGCACACUAUUCAGCAACGAAUAAUUCAGCAAAUACGAACGAAUUGAAGCUACGAAAAUUUUCAAUCGGCCACAUUAUUAGGAUCGUGACAUAGUCAGUCAGCGUUGAAGCAGCGAAAAUUUUCUUUUGAGGAAGCAAAGAACCUACAAAAGGCAACACUACAAACAUGACUAAAUUGGAAACCGCUCCUUUUGAUCCACGUUUCCCCAACCAAAACGUGACCCGUUACUGCUACCAAUCCUAUGUGGAUUUCCAUCGCUGCCAGAAGAAACGUGGUACCAACUACGAACCCUGCAAUUACUUCAAGAAGGUCUUCAACUCCAUGUGCCCCAAUGCCUGGGUUGAAAAGUGGAACGACCAAAUCGACAGCGGCACCUUCCCCGGCAGAAUCUAAAUUCUUCAGUAUUGGUUAAAUUGCUGUGCAGAAGAAGACACUUCUAAUGAACACCUAGCUUUGUAACUGUCGUCUAUUGUUAUUGCAAUCCACAAAAUUACCAUGAAUUGUGAAUUCUAAUUUAAAAUAAAACAAAGAAAAAAAAAACAAACAAAA